AUGUCGACGCCGCCGGCAGAACCCCCGCCAUCGUACGACCAGGCCACAGGAUCGUCUGGCAAAACAUCCUCCAAACCUCAGAAAUCAUCGCACCUAGAAGUACCCUCCGCCAAAAAUGGCAUUCCGACGGAAGCCCGUCGCUCUAUGGAAGACCUCCAAAGACCUCUGCCCGAAGGUUGGGUGAGACAGUACGACCCAAAGGAGAAUCACCAAUUUUUCGUAGAUACCAAGGUCGACCCACCAAAAUCAUACUGGGAGCACCCUCUAGACAUCCCGGAAGUUGUGAGAAGUCUGAGCACGGAAGAACGCGAAAGGCUGCAAGAAGAAGAGGAUCGGCUGAGAAAGCAGGCAGCGCAUUCCGCAGACCACUCUGAGGACGAACACUUCCCACCUGAACUCCCCGCACGCCCAUCCUCCUCGCAACAACCCGGUCAAAGGAAGAGUUUCGGCGAGAAGCUGAAGGAUAAAGUCACCGGCACGACGCACGAUGAGCGUGUCCGCAGUCGCGCACAACGAGCGGAGGAAGAGAGACAAUAUUACGAAGCACACAUGAAAUUGAGACAGGCAAUGCAGCGAGCACAGGUUACAGGUCAGCCUCAAUUCUUUGCCAAAGACAGAGACGGCAAGAACAUCUACGUUGAGCCUCCCGGGGGUCCUGGGUAUGGGUACGGUGGAUAUGGACAAGGUGGCUAUGGCGUCAACCCUUACGGGGGCGGACCGUAUGCCGACCCCAACGCCAGAUUUAUUCGACCGGGCUAUCCGUACAAUCGGCCAUAUGGAGCUUAUCCUGGCGGAGGUUAUGGGCUACCCAUUGCAGGAGGUCUGCUUGGAGGUUUACUUCUCGGCGGAUUACUAUUCUAG